AUGGGUCUGACUCGAGGCCAAUCAGCAAACGAGUUCCACUACAAAGCCGACAGAGGCGCCACUUUUGCUGCUGCAACGAACAUGAAGCGAAAGUCAGAAGGGUUGAUGUGUGGGGAUUCACGUGGGUGGGGUGUCACAAACAUGGGCGACAACAGCCCAUGUUUCCAAGCCUAUAUCCCAUCUCAUCAGCUAAACAGAACUGGUUCCCAGUGUAUUUGUUGUUCGAUUCACAUGGAUGCUGGCGAUAGCCACGAAGAUGAAGAUGAGACGGCUGAUCUUACGGGCAAUGCGAUGGGCACAUAUCGCACUGAUGUGAGAGCGAAAACCUCCCCAAUCAUGCAUACAUUGCAUUCGUUGGGGGUGACGUCAGCCCCAGCGAAGGGCACCACGGGAUGGUGUGGGAAUCAUCGCAUCGAUCGGCGAACGAUUUCACGUCCACGGUCGAUUGGUGGGGUUCACGAGCGAAUAGCUCAAAUGUGA